AUGCGCCUCGAAGUGCUUGCAUUCCUCCUCUGGUGGCACGUCGCCGAGGCCGUCUGGGGCGUUGCCUAUAGCUUCUCCAGCGGCGAUCUCGUUCGCAUUCACAAGGACCUCCACCAGAUCCAGACGGCAUUGUUCGCGUCCGUUCGCACCAACCAAGUGGUCGUCAACACGUUCGAUGGCCCGCGCAACGUCCUCGCCCUCGCAGCCGCGCACAACCUCAGCGUCACCCUCUCGCUGCCAAUCCAGAAGCAAACGCUCUACAACGCUUCGAUCGAAGAAGCGAUACGCGGCGCCAAGGCGUAUCCAGGCACCUUGCGCGCACUGUACCUCGGGCAGCAUCCCGGCCUCAUACAGACGCCAUGGCGCGCGCUAUUUGCCGACGCACGCCGCCGCCUCGACGCCGCCGGCCUCGCUUCCGUGCCCGUCGGCGUUCUCAUGUCCGACACGGCACUGCUCGCAAACGCUACUGACGUCGCGAACGUCGACGUCUUGGGCGCAGUCCUCCAGCCCUUCUUGCACGACGCAUGCGUCGAUGCCAAGGCCGGGGCGGCGGCGUUUCGAAAGCGUUCUAACGCGCUACGUGCGGCUUUUGGCGCCAAAGUCGACAUGGUGGUGACGGGCUGGCCAGCGUCGACACCCGCACUCGCCGACGUCUGCACCGCGUUCAGCGUGGCAUCCGCCGCCGCCUACUAUCGGUCGAUCCAAGCAUGGCACCGCUCCGGUUCGAGCGAGACCAGCGUGUAUUACGAAGCGUUUACGGACGCGAGCUCGUUCGACUUUGGAUUGACAACAUCCAGUGGACACUGGAAGUUCGACGUCGGGCCGCUCCCACGUGAGACACCGUCGCUGACGGCAGCAUUGUCAUCGUCAUCCGACGACUCUGGUAUUAGCACCAGCCCGGUAUGGAUCGUGUGCAUCGGCCUCGUGCUCGUGCUCGUAGUCUACGCAGUGCUCGUCUUUCUCGCGGGACGGCGAAAAGGCCAGCGCCACCUCUUUGAUACCUCGGCGGGUAUUGCAAUCGCGUCCCUUCGAUGA